UCCGUGACCCGAAAGCUCUUACUUAUUCGAGUCAUUCUAACCCCCCUCACAGGAGCAUUUUCCUAACUAAGUUUCACGCUUUUAUCAAUUUAGGAGUCGCAGCGAGAAGACACCGUCUUUAAUUUCACAGUGAAACAUGAGCUCGAUUCGGUUAAAUCUGCCAACGUUAUUGAAUUGUCUCUUAAUCUGCGUCACCUUGCUGUUGAAUAACCGCUGCUGUGUCGUUGCCAAGUGGUAUCACAGACCCAACGUUGUUUUGAUCCUCACCGAUGAUCUGGACGUCGUUAUUGGGGGCAUGACCCCACUGAACAAGACCAAGAAACUGAUUGGUGAAGCAGGGAUCACCUUUACCAACGCUUUUGUAGCCAGCCCACUGUGCUGUCCCAGCAGAGCCAGCAUCCUAACAGGAAAGUAUCCUCAUAACCACCAUGUGAUCAACAACACUCUGGAGGGGAACUGCAGCAGCACGGCCUGGCAGAAGACUCAGGAGCCCAAGACCUUCCCUGCUCUACUACAGGCCUACGCUGGUUACCAGACCUUCUUCGCUGGGAAGUACCUGAACCAGUAUGGGAACCCAGAUGCAGGAGGAGUGGAGCACGUUCCUCUGGGAUGGGACUACUGGGUCGGACUGGAGAGGAACUCUCGGUACUACAACUACACACUGUCUGUGAAUGGGAAGCCUAAGAAGCAUGGAGGGAACUACAGUGAAGACUACCUGACAGACGUACUGACCAACAUGUCUCUAGACUUCCUCCAGUAUAAGUCUAACUACCGUCCGUUCUUCAUGAUGGUUUCGACCCCCGCCCCCCACGCCCCCUGGACCCCCGCCCCGCAGUACCAGGACCGCUUCAAGGACCUCAAGGCCCCUCGAGACCCCAACUUCAACGUCCAUGGGAAGGACAAGCACUGGCUGAUCAGACAGGCCAAGACUCCCAUGACCAACUCCUCUAUCGAGUUGCUGGACGAGGCCUACAGGAAACGGUGGCGUACUCUGCUGUCAGUGGAUGACUUGGUGGAGAAGGUGGUGAAGAGGUUAGAGGUCAGAGGGGAACUGGACAACACUUACAUCAUCUUUACCUCAGACAACGGAUACCACACAGGUCAGUUCUCUCUCCCCUUGGAUAAGAGGCAGCUGUAUGAGUCUGAUAUAAGAGUUCCUCUGCUGAUCCGAGGGCCCAACAUCAAGCCUAACCAGACCACCGGCCUGGCGGUCCAGAACGUUGACCUGGGUCCUACCAUCCUGGACAUGGCCGGUUACAACGUCAGCAAGACUGCCAUGGACGGCAUGUCCUUCCUGUCUGUACUGGAGGGAUCUGUGAACAGCACUACGUGGAGAACAGACUUCCUGGUGGAGUAUGAAGGGGAGGGGUCUAAUGUGUCUGAUCCCGCCUGCCCCCUGCUGGGUCCUGGGGUCUCCGUAUGUUUCCCUGACUGUGUGUGUGAGGACUCCUUCAACAACACAUAUGCCUGCGUUCGUACCGUCGCCCCCUCUGCCAACCUCCAGUACUGCGAGUUUGAUGACAACGAGGUGUUUGUAGAGGUAUAUAACAUUACAGUUGACCCCUACCAGCUCAUUAACCUGGCUAAGACCAUCGACCAGGAAGUCCUGGAGAAGAUGAACCACAGACUGAUGAUGCUCCAGUCCUGUUCUGGACAGUCCUGUAGGACCCCUGGGGUCUACGAUACACGAUAUACGUUUGACCCUCACCUGAUGUUCAGUAACAGGAGCCACCGGCGCAACAGGCUGAGACGGGCCUGAAAUGAGAAGAGCAGGAGGAGAGGAGGGCUGUCUGAGCCCGUGUUGCUGUUCCCUAGUGUCUGAGACCUCAGCCCUGUAGGGGUUGGAGGGGGACCUUCUGUAAACUCCACAGCACUUUUAACAGUCUGUACACAACACCCCCCCAUCUACCCUGUGUUUGGACACAGUAUCACCCAUUGAUUGGAUAUUUUAAGACACUGUUUGACUGAUUUAAAUUUUACAUGUUGUGUUUGUUAAUUCCGUGAGGAAAAUCAAUUACCUCAAAUCAGCUGUUUUUCAAAUAAUGAACAAGUCUUGACCUGCUACAGUAGGACUAGAAACCAUACCUGUUGUUCCUCUUUCUCUCAGUAGGACUAGAAACCAUUCCUGUUGUUCCUCUUUCUCUCAGUAGGACUAGAAACCAUUCCUGUUGUUCCUCUUUCUCUCAGUAGGACUAGAAACCAUUCCUGUUGUUCCUCUUUCCCCCAGUAGGACUGGAAACCAUUCCUGUUGUUCUUCUUUCUCCCAGUAGGACUAGAAACCAUUCCUGUUGUUCCUCUUUCCCCCAGUAAGACUAGAAACCAUUCCUGUUGUUCUUCUUUCUCCCAGUAGGACUAGAAACCAUUCCUUUUGUUCCUCUUUCUCUCAGUAGGACUAGAAACCAUUCAUGUUGUUCUUCUUUCUCCCAGUAGGACUAGAAACCAUUUUGGUUGUUCCUCUUUCUCCCAGUAGGACUAGAAACCAUUUUGGUUGUUCCUCUUUCUCCCAGUAGGACUAGAAACCAUUUUGGUUGUUCCUCUUUCUCCCAGUAGGACUAGAAACCAUUUUGGUUGUUCCUCUUUCUCCCAGUAGGACUAGAAACCAUUCCUGUUGUUCUUCUUUCUCCCAGUAGGACUAGAAACCAUUUUGGUUGUUCCUCUUUCUCCCAGUAGGACUAGAAACCAUUUUGGUUGUUCCUCUUUCUCCCAGUAGGACUAGAAACCAUUUUGGUUGUUCCUCUUUCUCCCAGUAGGACUAGAAACCAUUUUGGUUGUUCCUCUUUCUCCCAGUAGGACUAGAAACCAUUUUGGUUGUUCCUCUUUCUCCCAGUAGGACUAGAAACCAUUUUGGUUGUUCCUCUUUCUCCCAGUAGGACUAGAAACCAUUUUGGUUGUUCCUCUUUCUCCCAGUAGGACUAGAAACCAUUUUGGUUGUUCCUCUUUCUCCCAGUAGGACUAGAAACCAUUCUGGUUGUUCCUCUUUCUCCCAGUAGGACUAGAAACCAUUCUGGUUGUUCCUCUUUCUCCCAGUAGGACUAGAAACCAUUCUGGUUGUUCCUCUUUCUCCCAGUAGGACUAGAAACCAUUCUGGUUGUUCCUCUUUCUCUCAGUAGGACUAGAAACCAUUCUGGUUGUUCCUCUUUCUCCCAGUAGGACUAGAAACCAUUCUGGUUGUUCCUCUUUCUCCCAGUAGGACUAGAAACCAUUCUGGUUGUUCCUCUUUCUCCCAGUAGGACUAGAAACAGGUCCUUUGGAGUCACUUUUAUUGUAUAUAAGAAUAGAAUAUGUUUCUGAACGCUUCUACAUUAAUGUAGAUGCUACCAUGGUUACGGAUAAUCCUGAAUUAAUCCACUUUUAAUGUAGAAGUGUUCAGAAACAUGUUCUAUUCUUAUUUAAAAAGGUAAAAGUGACUCCAAAUGACCAUUAUUUGUAUUGGGCACAAAAUGAUCUGAUCUACAACCAAAACAAACAGCCAAUGCAUCCAUGUUUAUAGAGUCACAGCUGGAGGUCGUCAUCGUGUUCUAAGAAUCUGGGACAUCCACGUUUCUAGAGUCCCAGCUGGAUGUCGUCAUCGUGUUCUAAGAAUCUGGGACAUCCACGUUUAUAGAGUCCCAGCUGGAUGUCGUCAUCGUGUUCUAAGAAUCUGGGACAUCCACGUUUAUAGAGUCCCAGCUGGAUGUCGUCAUCGGGUUUUAAGAAUCUGGGACAUCCACGUUUAUAGAGUCACAGCUGGAUGUCGUCAUCGUGUUCUAAGAAUCUGGGACAUCCACGUUUUAUAGAGUCACAGCUGGAUGUCGUCAUCGUGUUCUAAGAAUCUGGGACAUCCACGUUUAUAGAGUCCCAGCUGGAUGUCGUCAUCGUGUUCUAAGAAUCUGGGACAUCCACGUUUAUAGAGUCACAGCUGGAUGUCGUCAUCGUGUUCUAAGAAUCUGGGACAUCCACGUUUAUAGAGUCACAGCUGGAUGUCGUCAUCGUGUUCUAAGAAUCUGGGACAUCCACGUUUAUAGAGUCACAGCUGGAUGUCGUCAUCGUGUUCUAAGAAUCUGGGACAAUGUGUUUUACCACUGUAAUACACCAGUGAAUUUGUCCCAAUACUGUUGGUCCCUUAAAAUAGGGGGACUAUGGUCAAAAAGGGCUGUAAUUUCUAAACGGUUCACCCAAUAUGGAUGAAAAUACCCUCAAAUUAAAUCUGACAGUCUGCACUUUAACCUCAUAGUCACUGUCUCAUUUCCAAUCCAUAGUGCUGGAGUACAGAGCCAAAACAACCAAAAUGGGUCCCUGUCUCAAUACUGUUGGAGAUCACUGUAUCAGUCUAGUGGUAUGGGCAGAAACAGUGGAGGGGGAGUCUAGUGGUACGGCCAGAAACAGUGGAGGGGGAGUCUAGUGGUACGGACAGUAACAGCGGAGGGGGAGUCUAGUGGUACGGACAGUAACAGCGGAGGGGGAGUCUAGUGGUACGGACAGUAACAGUGGAGGGGGAGUCUAGUGGUACGGACAGAAACAGCGGAGGGGGAGUCUGGUGGUACGGACAGAAACAGUGGAGGGGGAGUCUGGUGGUACGGACAGAAACAGUGGAGGGGGAGUCUAGUGGUACGGCCAGAAACAGUGGAGGGGGAGUCUGGUGGUACGGACAGAAACAGUGGAGGGGGAGUCUGGUGGUACGGACAGAAACAGUGGAGGGGGAGUCUAGUGGUACGGACAGAAACAGUGGAGGGGGAGUCUAGUGGUACGGACAGUAACAGCGGAGGGGGAGUCUAGUGGUACGGACAGUAACAGUGGAGGGGUAGUCUGGUGGUACGGCCAGAAACAGUGGAGGGGUCAGGGAGACUGAGGGCCUUUAACUGAACAUCUUCUGAUGUGUUGCCAUGGCAGCACAUCAACCAGCAUCAACUUUGUGUUUGUAAUUCCAGAGGGUUUCUUGUUGAUUAUAACUGAUCUUAUGGAUAUCUAUCUACAGGGUGCAUUUAGUUACGUUACAGAAAUAAAUGUCCACUUUAAUUUCCAUUAAAACCUGUUUGGAUUGUCUCUACACAGUCAGACUAAUCACACACAGCGAACCUGCCAAUCAUAUAAUUCAACCGUAUCCAUUGGCCAGCCUCUGAUCCAUUGGCCAGCCUCUGAUCCGCUUUCCAAUCUGUCAAUGUCUUUCCAUGGUUUUGCACAUUUAUUUUCUUCUCGAUAGUAGUUCUUAGUUAUGCGGUUUUUCCAUUUCUGGCUGUUUUGUCCAAUAAACUAACGGUAUUCUGAAAUCA